AUGCUUGAAAUCGUGUAUGGACUACAGAAAUUCAACGAGUAUGUAUAUGGUAAAACUGUGUUAGUGGAAACAGACCAUAAACCACUAGAGAGCUUGUUUAAAAAACCAUUGUCUAGUGCACCUCCACGACUCCAACGUAUGAUGUUGAAAGUUCAGCAACAUGACUUAGUAGUGAAAUACAAAGCUGGCAAGGAACUCUACAUUGCGGAUACAUUGUCAAGAUCAACAGGAUCAGAUCCAGCUGAGGAGCACGAGGAACAGUAUGAAGUUCACGUGAUAGAGAAUAUUCCUGUAAGUCAGGAAAAAGUGAUGUUAUUUCGGAGUGAAACUAAAAAGGACCCUGUUCUCAUGAAGCUAAAGGACACAGUUCUACAGGGAUGGCCAACAAAUCGGAAGGAUUUAGACAGUGAACUUACUCCAUACUGGAACUUUAGAGAUGAGAUAAGCAUUGUAGAUGGCUUAUUGUUGAAAGGAGAUCGUUUCAUUACACCAGAGCAACUUAGACCCCAGAUGUUGAAAAUUCUGCACAGCAGUCACCUGGGACAAGAGAAAUGUACACAGCGAGCUAAAUCAACAUUGUUUUGGCCAGGAAUAAUCAUACAGUUGAAGGACAUGAUAGAACAGUGCAACAUUAGCAACCGCUACAGGAAUGCGCAGCAAAAGGAGCCAAUGAUACCACACGAGAUCCCAAAUCGUCCUUGGCAGAAAGUUGCAGCAGACAUUAUGUUUUUUGGGAACACAAGAUACUUGAUAACCGUUGACUACUUCUCAACGUUCAUAGAGGUCAACUGCUUACAAGAUGGGAAAGCCGCCACCGUUAUCAACAUUCUGAAGCAACACUUUGCUCGACUAGGAAUCCCUGAAGAGUUCAUUAGUGACAAUUGA